AUGGAGAAAACUACAGAACAAGAUGAUUUCAUAUUCGAUUCUUAUGAAGAAUAUUUAAAAAAAAAAAUCACGCCCACUGAUUUAUAUUAUAUAGAAGAUGAAGAGUUGAUCUUCGAAAUAUUUUCUUUGGGCUUAAAAAGCCGAGGAGUUUUAAGCAAAGAAGAUUUCUAUAGUACUCAUUAUGAAAAGAAAAAAAAAAAUGAAAAAAAUAUUAUAAAAGAAGAAAAAGUAAAUAAUAUAAUAUAUGAUAUAAAUUUACUUUAUAAUAAUUCCAAAGGCUUUUUUUUUAAUUUAAAUUAUCAUUUACAUUUUUGUCAAGAAAAGAAAAUUAGUACCAUUUUGUUCAUACGGUAUAUUAGUAAAAAGAAAUCAGAAAUCAGCUCUUAUAUAGACAUUAAUAAUAAAAAAAUUGAAGAAAAAAUAAAUAAGAAGAAAUAUAUAUAUGCAAGUAAAAAAGAUUUAUCUUAUUAUAACUGGCAUAAUAAUUAUGUCUGUACAAACAAUAGUGAAAAUUAUGAAAUCAUUAUAAAUAAAAAAAUUGGUUUAAUUUUUAAACAUAUCCAUUCAAAUACAUAUUUCAUUUUAAAUUCUCAAAAGGAAUUGAAAAUAAAAUUAAGUGAUAAUAUAUAUAAGCAAAAUAUAAUCAUGAAUUCUAAUCCGAACGAAGAGUUCAUAAAUUUAUCUGAGGAUAUAAAAAAAAUGGAAAUUAAAGAUCCUAAUUAUUUGCAGUGUAUAUUGUAUACUCUACAUUUGUAA